UUUAAAAAAAAAUGGAAUCACUUAAUCAAUAUGAAUCGUCUGAUGAAGAAAGUCAAACUGAAAUAAUUCAAGAAAAUAGACUGAAGAGAAAAGCUUCUAUGGAUAGCAAGUAGAUAAAAUAUAAUAAAUAUACACACACAUACAUUUGCAUAUACAUGUAUUAAAUUAAACUAUAAUGUAUAUACAUAUUUACACUAGCAAUGUUAACAAAAUGCCAAAGUUACCAUCUUUCUUUAACAUACAAACACAAAACUCAACAACUACGGAAAGUCAUAAUGGAAGAGUACGUACAAUUCCACAUAAAGUAGAUAGUUGGGCUACUUAUGUCUACUUUAAGGUGAACUUAUCUAAUAGUGAGAUAAUCAAGAAAAUAUCAGCUUAUUUAAAUAAUCAGGUUGAAUUAAUGAAAGAAGAAUUUCAUAUCAGUUUAAGCCGACCUAUUUAUUUUAGAAAAUAUCAAUUAGAUUCAUUUACAAGUGAUAUAAGAAAUGCUGUCAAAGAUAUUGAGUCAUUUAAUAUAUCUUUUGCACAAUUAGCUUGUUUAACUAAUGAGGAAAAGACACGAUCCUUUUUAACUUUAGAAAUAGGCAAUGGUUACAAUGAGUUAUUACAUUGUAUGAAAUCGAUUGAUACAAUUUUAACUCAAUAUCGUAAACCUGUAUUUUAUAAUCCACCUCGAUUUCAUACAAGUAUUGCUUGGUCGUUAUCUGAAAAAGUCAUUCAGUCAUUAAAGAUACCCUCUUCUGUGAUAGAAGAAGAUUUAAAAGAAGCCUAUCAUUUAACUAAAAUUUAUAUAAAAAUGGGUCAUAAAAUAGAGACAAUUCCUUUAAAAUAAAUUCUCGACUAUUAAGGUUGCUUUGAUACUCCCUUUGUUCAUGCACACUGAAUCACAACAAGGG